GUACGAUCUGAUGUUGUUGCUGAGUUCAUGGCGAACUACUAUAGCUUGGAGAAGUUCUCCUGGAAUGUGUGCGGCAAUGUUGAAGACGACGACAUGCAGGUUGUCCUUAUGAACAUGGGCCGUCUGGUGGACUUCAGCGCGCAGAAUUUUCAACCGAGCUUGAUGGGGGUGCCCUUCAUCGUCAACGAUGCUCUUUCGAAGACGCAGCCGCAUGUCGAAGCGCAGUUUGGCACGACCUCCAACUCCAAUUUUCCAAAGAUGACGUCUGAUGCCACGGCCCUGGAGGAGUCCUUAGCCGAACUUGGACGUGUUCUGGCCUACCCCGACUUCGUGGACCCAGUGCAUGAGGCCCUGAAGCUGAGCAACAAGGCGAGCCUCGUUGCCAUCCAACACUCAGUUGCCGCCUGGACGCGUGUGCGCAAAGAUAUCGAGGAAAGUGGAGCUCUUUCGUGUGACGACGGUGUUGCAGACUUGGGGAUGGUUGAUCAGGUCAUUCGUGAGCAAUGCGAGUCGAAGAACGACAUGCCGCUGCUGAGCAUUGAUCUCCAAGAAUCCUGUGGCACGGCCGCGAUGCUUCCGGUGGAGACUUUCAAAGAUAAAGUCCAGCUGUGCGCAGUCUGGGAGAAAGUGAGGGAAGGCAAUGUGCAUCUUAUAAGCGUUGAUGACGUGCAAGAGCUGUUCUAUGCCUUUGGCGUAUAUGGAACCCUCGACACACGCGAGCUUGUGAAGCUCUGCGUCAUAGACGGCCUUGGUUUAACAGCCCAAGAUGUGAAGGAGUGGAUCCAGGACUCCGAUGCGGAAGGGAUUGGGGAGGUCACCGUGGAAGACGUCCAUAGGGGGCUCACGCGCGGGAAUGUCGCAUUCACAUUGGUGAAGAAGACCUUGUUCGGCCAGGAGAAGGACCACAAGUCAACGGAGUGCUCCUUGACGGAGCUCCUGGAUUGGCUGAAGUUUGAGUAUGACAAGAAGAGCAAUCUUUGGUCUUUGCCAGAAACACUUCUUCUCUUCUUCGCCUUUGUGCUUGCUUCGGCGGUCCACCUCGGUGUGUUCGAGGCCUUCAGGAUUUCCCAGGUCUUCGAUCUUGGUUUGGGUUUUGGUGACUUUCUGGCUUACGACAUGGUCGACCGCGAGACAUUCUGGAUAUGGAUGGAGCGUGGCUUCCUGCGAAACAUCUUCAGGCACGACUUGUUCUCCUUCGUGCGUCAGUAUCAGUAUGGAGAGAACUAUGGGGAGGACCCUACAGUGGCUGCUCCUUUUCCUGGCCGCGUUUUCAGAGAGCAUCAGAUCAUCGGUGCAGUGCGAGCACGGAAGUGGGUGACUGACCCUCAGGAGUGCGCAAUCGGCGAUUCUUGGAAGGCGAUCUACCCAAGCUGUCAUCAGCAAGGUACCCCACGGCCAGAAGACUGGUACAUAUUCUACCAUCAGAAGAGAGAGGUGAUUGAGGAGCUCAGAGCAACAUCGCACCAGCGAACAGCGAGUUCUCAAACAAGCCUGCUCCGAACCUGA